CCGUCCGUCUGCGGCGGUUGCGUGUCUAAAAAUAUUCAAAUUCUCCCUGCACCAAUCAACCUGCAAGUGGCAAAGCAGAGGCGAAAGAACAGAGGAGAAAGAGAAAAAAAAGAGGGGCUCCCAGCGUCCAAAUGGCGCUCCCGGCGACGACCCCGCGCGCGGCGGUGCGGUGUCCGAUCGCGGCGUGCGCGCCCACGCCCCCGGUGACGGCCGGAGGGAGGCCCCGGGAGCUGCCGUUCGCGCUGCUGGCGGAGCGGGGGAUGGUGGUGGGGGGUCACCGCGGGAUGGGGAUGAACGCGGUGGGGGCGCCGCCCGGGGCGCGCGUCGGGGCGGCGAGGGAGCGGGAGAACACGCUGCUCUCAUUCGGCCGCGCCGCCGAGCACGCCGCCGUCGCCUUCGUCGAGUUCGACGUCCAGGUUACAAAAGAUGGCUGCCCAGUUAUCUUCCACGAUGAUUUUAUCCUCACCCAAAAAACUGAGGUUUUGUAUGAAAGGCGCGUGACCGAUCUUCUUCUGGACGAAUUCCUUUCAUAUGGGGUACAAAAAGAGCCGCACAAGGUCUCCAAGCCCCUACUUAGACGGAUGGAAGAUGGCAGAGUCCUUGCUUGGAGCACCGAAGAAGAUGAUUAUCUCUGCACAUUGCAGGAAGUCUUCGAACAUGUCAGUCCCCAUCUGGGAUUUAACAUCGAACUAAAGUUUGAUGACAACAUUAUCUAUCCGGGCGUCAACCUUAACCGUGCUCUUCAAGCUGUACUGCAAGUUGUUUUUCAGUAUGCUGGCAACAGACCACUCUUUUUCUCAACAUUCCAACCUGAUGCCGCACGGAUAACACGUGAACUCCAAAGUGUAUACCCUGUACUGUUCUUAACAGAAGGGGGAACAGCCAAACACGAUGAUAGGAGAAGGAACUCACUCGACAAUGCUAUCCAAGUGUGCCAAGAGUAUGACUUGCAUGGGGUUGUGUCAGAAGUCAGAGGAGUUCUAAAAAAUCCCUCUGCGAUCCUAAAAGCACAAGAAUCCAACCUUGCUAUUCUCACCUAUGGGCAGCUCAAGUAAGCAGCGCACUGUUAUCCUGCGUUCAUGUUUCUCGGGAACAGGCGAAUGAGUUUACCUCCUGCGUGAAGGAAAAGGCUGCCUUUCCCAAACUUCAAUCCUAAUUAGCUAAGCUCUAGGUUGACAUGACACUGCAUGGUAUCUUGGCAAGUAUUUAUUCCCUUCUCCUCUAUUUUUCCUUUAAUUGUUUGUUAAUUAUUUUCCUUGUAAAAAAUUUCACACUGUCGACGCAAACGUUUGGCUCCUGGGUCGAUUGUUCUACCCACGUAUGAAUUUUCAUGAAGAAAUGACAUCCGUAGUGUUCUGGACAAAAAAAAGAACAAAUUGGUGCUCUAAAAAGCCCAUUUUUGACCCUAAACAAAUUCAGAUUUUAGUGUUCAUUCGGUUGCAUGUGGAACCAUGUCAAGGAUAGCAUUUUCGUUCACUCUGCGCCCUAAAUGAGUUAUUUUUUCAUUGUAUGUGUUUUGGGCUAGACUAGAUGGGUUGCAAGGCACUAGCCAGUUUGGUACUGAAGUGGAUACAUACCCUUUGCCUCUUCAAGCACACAAGCAGAUCAAAUAACAUAAGAUUAGCUUACUUUAUGAUGCUGCAAGCUAAGUGGUAGCUUGUCCUGUUGUAUAAUUGACUGCACAAUAUCAAUAUUGAUGGCUUGAAGGGACUAAUAAAUUCCAACAGGUGUGAUUGGUUAGUUAGGUAGCUUAAAACACUGCUUAAAGUCAUGAUCAGCCAAGAAAAUAAGCCAUCUAGGUCUAUUUUGUAAAAGCAGAAUGCCAAUCACAUCCAGUAUGUGCCUUACAACUGUCCUAGACUCCAGCCUGAGCGACUGCAACUCUAACUAUUACUUAAUCAUGCAAAAGCAAGACACCAAGUCCUGAUCAUGUAGGUCAUGACAUAUGCUUGCACAUAAGCAGUUGCUUGCUGGAAUUUUUUGUUCGACGGACGGCAGGAUUUUCACUAAAGUGGAAUACAGUCCCAAAUCAUGAUUCACGCGUCGCAGGUAGACGCGAGGCGGUCGCUUCUCCGUGGCUGCAUGCUUCUUUGUAUAUUGGGCAGAGAUUGAAACGGCAACGGGAUAGGGAGAAUAUUUCAGAGCAAGGCAAAGAAUGAGACUGGUUGGAAAGGCACACUGAAAAGAUAACUGAACUUUCUCCGGUUGUCACCACCGUAUAUCCUACUCUCAAUCAGAAGCAAUCCCUUUGACCAACCCAAUCACUGCAGGCAUGUACGCGUACCGCUGGCGGCCUGCAGUCUCGCACUGUCCUGGCUAGACUGGACUGCCCAACCUUUGUGUAAAAUGUGUGAGAAGACUAGAUCAAAAGGCAAGGGCAGAGAACUGAACACGCAGCUGGCUGGCACCGUGUAUGAACACAGGAUGAACAUAAGGCAGCCGUAAUUUCUUCUUCCUUAUUUCCUUUCAGUUAUGAUGGGGAAUGGACGGAGUUUGUACUUGCUGUCAUCCAAGGUGCUUUUCUUGCUCCACCUGCGUUGCUUGAAGUAACAAGUAGCAUCCUUGUCAAAAAUAGAUAGAGUAAUCAACAUAACAAGCACGAUCACUUACUUUCUAGACUCAUGUACCUAUAGCAUCAGGCCAAACCUAAUGGAGAGGCUGAUAGAUCCUAGCCGUUCAACUUGAAUCUAAUGCUUCAAAUAAAUUUCUCAUCGUUAUAGCUUAAUAUUUUGAGGAUCUUAGGGAAACUCUAGCCGAUCCCUUAAAAGGGUAUAACACCUCAAAAUUUCCCCAUUUAGGGAGUUAAAAACCAGACCUAGCCAAACUUUACCCAGUUUAACUCCUCAAAUAUUAUAAGCGGCGCACCGACUGCACCUUAAAUUUGAGCGGCCGCGACCACUUCCCAGGAAAAAUCUCCACCCCCCCCCCCCCCACUGCAACGGAGUCCCACCAGCACAUCGUCGACAACCGACGUCCGGCGUCAAAGGAAUGCCUGGAUCUAGCCACCAACCUUCGCCGCUGCCGAACCGACGAGGAGCACCACCAUCGGAUUGGCGUUGCGUUUGGAACGAGGCAUGCAUCCGCCCCGAGCACCCCCUGCUCGAGGCCGACUUCUCAGCCGCCACUUGCCCGCCACCACCGAAGGAGAAGUACCAGGGGUAUGUGAGGGACUUGGGUGUCAGAGUUAGUGACCCGGACACGGGGAAGAGACACUGACUAGACACGUAUAAGUUGGCAGAGCAGACGGCUGACACAUAUGACGUGGCGGUGGUCCGCAUCCUUGGUGAUUGUGCAAAGGUAAACUUUCCCCUCGGCAGUCGUGGCAUCCCGAACCUCAUCUAUGCCCCCCCCCCCCCCCCAGUGAUCUCCCGCCACCAGGUGAGGGAGAAUCGCGAGGCCUUCGAGCAGAUCAAGACCCAGUGCAUCAGACUAGUCACAGUGGGAGUAACUUGACUAGUAACAUCACACAUUUUAAUACAAAAUUGCUUAUGUGGCAGCUAAUUAAUAAGGAGAGAGAGGUUUGUGGUAACUUAACUAGUUACUGUAACAUCACACAUUUUAAGACAUAAUGAGUCUAUAGCCUAAUAAAUGAACUCUUUCAUGAUACUACUCAUAAGUUACUACCUACUAUGAAGGUAGUAACAUAGAGUAGUAACAUCAGCAAGUUACUACUCUAUGUUACUUCCCACUGUGAGCAGUCCCAACGAGGCCUAUAUGGCCAAGCUCAGGGCGAAGCACCCGAAGCUCAUCACCAAGGAGCUUGCAUGCUACGAAGCCUUUCAAGAAGCAGCGGUGCAACAGUGCCGCUGAGGCCAGGCCCUCUGGUGUGAGGGUGUCGCCAAUGAGGCCGGACCCUCCAUGAUCCCAAUUUUCUCCGAUGACUCGGACGUGGAUUGGGACAAGGUCACGAAGGAAUCUGAUUAGUUUAGUAUGCUAGGUAGUGCUAACAGUUGUUAUAUGUUGUUCGAACAAUCC